CUAAUAUACAGAGAAAUGAAGUCAAAACAAGAUUCUUACCGCCCAUCCUCUGUUUUGAGUCAGUAGCUUUCAGUUGGUGAUAAAGUAAACUACAUUGAUGGCGCCAAAAGGCUUCAUUAUUAUAUGUUUUCUAAUCGUAAAUUGCGCCUCGUUCGCAUUACCGCGAGCUUUUCCGAAUCAACGAUUACAAAACGAUGGGAUAACUUACGUUCGACCAUCAGAGUUUUCGGAUUGCUUCGAAUUCCCUAACGGCAGGGAGCUCAUAAUUGAUGGGCUCGCCCAGGAACACUGGAAUGAAUCCUGUUUUGCGCAGCUGACUGAUACGAAACACCUUUCGCUAGUCAAUGGAUCCAUCCCCAUGAUAACAUUUCGGUCAAACAAAUUGUUAUCGCUGUCCGUAUUGCAAACCAAUCUUGAAUGGUUCGAAGUGAGGUCAGAGAAAAAUCCAACUCUUAAAUCUCUACAAAUCAGUAGAAACCGUCUACAGGAAGUGCCAUCGAACAUAAAAUUCCUCGUGGGAUUAACUUUGUUGGAUCUGUCUCAAAAUGCGCUGGAAUUCGUCGAUUUGCAAAUGCUGCGCAGUAUGUCGCAGCUCAGAACAUUGGACUUGUCGGUGAACAAAAUAGUAUUGAUUGAUGCUGACUCGGAUCUCAGGCUCACUAAUUUGAGAAACCUCGAUGUAAGUUACAAUCAGUUGGAUCGCCUCGACGCAUUUCCGAGGGUUUUUCCGGUUCUGGGUACCAUUCGCUUAAUCGGAAACCGGUGGAGUUGUGAGUGGGUUGAUCGCGCUAGGAGGAAUAUUAUGGACAGAAGAAUCGUAGCAUUCGGCGUGGACUACGGAUGUGAUCAGCAUCGCCAAGGUGGACUCUGUUGCUAUGGAGAUUUGGUGACGGAUGGCACCACGGAGGCCAACGCCUUGAAGGAAGGAUCACUGGUGCAAGAGAUUUCGAAGUUGGCCAACGAUUUGGCUGAAAAGCCUCUGGCCUUUGGGUCGGAUCAGUCCACACUGGAACUGCUGACACGCAAUGAUGGUCGGGAUAAAAUUUUAAUCGGUGCCAAACUAGAUGAGGUGAAGGUUUUUCUGCCAGAUUAGUGAUGAAACAUUGAAAUAUAUUUCAUAGUAAAUAGGUGUUUGUCAAUUACCUAGCACGCAUAAGUGCUCCAGUUUUAUUAAACACUGUAGUUAUCUAAUUUCGUUUCCGGAUAUAGUAUCGCGCAGUGAGCUUGUCCUAAACUCAUUUACUCUUCGAGUAUGCACAACUAUUUAAAUGUUAAUAAAUUAACCCUCUAAUACCCAAGAUCGUCUUUAGACGGGGUACUUUCUUCUCUUCUUCUACUC